UUUCAGUGAUAUGACAUUAGUCUGUGUUGAUCUUUGAAGGAAACUUGUUCUGUUUCUCUGACAACUAAGAGCUCUAAAUAUGGAUUUAUUGCAUGGAAACAAGCUUUUUUGGAAGAAAAGAAGAAGUGAGAUCAUGUAAUGUUUAAGUGCACAGAGGCUACAUGGAUGCAGAGAGACAUGCUGACUUUUGUGGAGCUUCCAGUCGAUAUGGGGCUGCUUUCAACCAGCGGACAGCUCAGGAUGCCAUUCUCAGAAGCCGUCAAGUACUGCAUCCUUGGAAUCUCUAUCCUACUCCUUCUCGCAGCACUGGGAAUCUUGAUCUGGCAGAUCUGCAGAUGCUUCUCCCAGACAUACACCUCAUACCCCAGUCAAGAAGACACAGUGAACAGGGAUCUGUUGUAUUCGGAUGAAAAACCAUCAACAGCUGAAAACUACUCAGCUCCUCCAAGUACAACGGUGGAGGAUGUGAGUUCUGAAGCUCGCAGACUGAGUCGCUGUUUGUCCCAGGCAUCAUUUCCAUCAGAACCCAGCCAAGGAGAGCGUGACAUAGGAGAGCAUGAAACCAGUAGGAAGGUUCAUGGAUCACUCCGCUUCUCUAUCUACUACGACCAGCUGCAGGCGCGUUUGGUGGUCACAGUUUUGCAGGUGGAGGGGCUGGAGGACAACAGCCAGGCCUUUGGCCUGCAGCCAUUUGUGAAGAUCCGCCUCAUGUGUGCUGGAUUGGAGGGAACAGAACUGGAAGGAUUAAAAGAACAGGAGGGUCAAGCAACAGCACCUGUGCUGUGGACAGUGCUGCAGGAGUGGCGCACUCGUGUUGUGAAAGGCAGCUGCAACCCUUUGUAUGGAGAUCAGUUUAGCUGCAUUCUGCCAGAGAAAAAGGACACGCUUCGUCACAUCACCCUUAGGAUGGAGGUGAGGGACUUUGAUAAGUUUUCCAGACACACAGUGCUUGGAGAGGUCAGGGUUCCUCUGGGUCAGCUAAACAUCUCCUACCCUCUAGAGCUACAAGAAGAUCUUCAGAUACCACAGAAGGAUCUCGUUGGUGAAGUACUGCUGUCAUUAAAGUAUCUCCCAACCUCACAGAGGCUUGAGAUUGGCCUGUUGAAGGUCCGAACAGCCAUCACUGAGACAUUCUCUGCUACAGCUCUGUAUGCCAGGAUCAGUAUUCAGUACAAUCAGAGCAAAAUGAGGUAUCAGAAGACUUCUGCAGUCCCCCGCAGCCCGGUCACCGUCUUCAAUGAGGUCCUCAUGUUCACCCUGCCAGACUUCCCUCUGGAGCAGACUAAAAUCUUAGUCUGGGUUUACGAGACCCAGGCAACUGGCAAAUCCUCCAAAUGUCUGCUCGGACAGCUGAGUGUAAAGAAGGACAGACACUCAGAAGACGAGCACUGGACCUUGAUGGUACGCUCGGUCCGUCAGCCCGUUGCUAAGUGGCACGGCCUGCUGAUCUAAGCUGCGGAUCAGAUUAAAGCUCAGCCGCUUAUGGAGCAGGAACCUGCAUAUCUAAUAGAUAUGAAUACUUUUUCUUUCCAUUCCCACAUUAUUGACCUAUGCAUGUAUUUAGAUUUAUGACAAUGGGAGCACUCAACUGUAUGGGAUUAUUACCUGGAUAAUCUCAAUCAUUGUUUGACAUUAUUAUCUGAACAACAUAGAAAGUUUAAAAAUUUUUAUUUUUCAUUGCACCUAUAAUUACAUUUUUGGGAUGCACUGUGGCACAUUGAGUAGCACUGUUGCCUUGCAGCAAGAAAGUUCUGAUUCCCAGCUCUGGGGUCUUUCUGCAUGGAGUUGCAUGUUCUCCCUCUGCAUGUGUGGGUUCUCCCUGGGUACUCCGGCUU